CUUCUCAUAGUGGUAUCCCUUUUAGCCCAUCUUUCAUUCUAAUAUUUCUAUAUAUCCUCUGUUUUUUUAUUUUUUACCUUACAAAAACAAAUCAUGGAUUUACAAAAUAUUGCUCACUCACUAGAACUUGGAUUCUCCAAUAGCAAUAUUGAAAUGAUUCCUUUACAAUCACCACUCCAUAACUCCAAUUACUUAAUGACUUCUCCUCCAUCUAAUUUCUCAUUCAUGGGCAAUCCAAUUGAAGAGCCCGCCGCGAUGCCAAUACUUUCAUCCAUCGAUGAAAUUAUUGCAUCGGCUCAUGGUGAUGGAAAUGAUUACUCAUGUUUGCAGAGGAGGAAUUCUAUGGAGGCUAUGAGGGAGAUGAUUUUUCGUAUCGCGAUGAUGCAACCAAUUCACAUUGAUCCAGAAUCAGUUAAACCUCCCAAGAGGAAAAAUGUUAAGAUAUCGAAGGAUCCACAGAGUGUGGCAGCCAGGCAUCGGAGGGAACGAAUAAGCGAAAGGAUAAGGAUUUUGCAAAGACUAGUCCCUGGAGGAACUAAAAUGGAUACUGCUUCAAUGUUAGAUGAGGCUGUCCAUUAUGUUAAGUUUUUAAAGAAGCAACUUCAAUCUUUAGAGCAAGCCGCGGUUAAUAAUAGGCCGAUGAUUUCUGGAUUUUCAACAGCAGUGUCAUCACCAGGGGGGGUAAUGAAUUAUAAUUCAAGCUCUAUUAGGGCAUGCCAGCCUCAUCCAUCCAUCAACUCUAGUGCACAAAUGCUUAGUUAAAAAAAAAUGAAAUAACAUUUGUUUAAGAAUGACAAAAGUCUCAUAUAGAUGGUUAAUGAGAUGGGUAGACAAGGCUUGGACAAUUCUCCUCCCUUUGAGCUAGCUUUUGGGGUGUGAGUUAGGCCUAAGACCUAAUUUCACAAUUUCUACGCAGCGUCCUGUUCUGAUCAUUAUCAUGCUAAUGAGUAAUGACUACUUUUUGUAAAGAUUUGGUUAUAUGGUGUGUGUUACUUUAAUUUUCCACCCUCAUUCUUCAAUCCCAAAGGCUAGUCUUAGGUUUCUCAAUUUAUGCAAUGUUAACUUUGUGCAAGAACUAUGCUAAUUUUCCGUGUAUCGUUUCAAUAUCAUAAGGAAUUAGGUUUGCCUUGUGUUACAAUUUGUCUUGCGCUAGAAGCAAGGCAAAUAGUGAGCAGAGUUGGACAUUUUGGAUUUAAUAGGUGUGGGUUCUUACAGAGUUGAUGAGUAGAUUGAUUGAUAUA